GGUUGACGUGCUCUUUGAAGCUGUCAACCAAAGUCGUCUACUUACUCUCGGUCCUUCGCUCUCACUGUAUUGCCUUGUCGUUAGAACCCUUUCGUUGUUGCCGAAAUGCUUUCUCUCGCUUUUGUAUUUCCUGCCCUGGCGACUGCCUACCUUGCUUACGCUCCUGCAGAAGGUCCGGGCGUGUUGCAAAAUGGUGCUUUGCAGAACAUUCUCAAGAACACGGAUAAGACAGAUAGAUACAGAUACCCAACUGACUUCACGCGUGGUAUUGAGCCUAAACCCUUCCACAGCCACAACGACUAUUGGCGCGAUGUCCCCUUCUACAGUGGCCUUGCAGCUGGUGCCAUCUCGACAGAGGCAGAUGUCUGGUUGAUUGAUGGUACACUCUAUGUCGGUCAUGAGCCCAGCGCUCUAACCAAGUCACGCACUUUUGAAUCUCUCUACGUCAAUCCCAUUCUCGACACUCUCCACCGCAUGAACCCUGAAUCACCCUUCCUCCCAGAUGGCUCAUUCAAUGGCGUAUUCGAUACUGCAUCUUUCCAGACCCUGUACCUCUUCAUCGACUUCAAAACCGCCGCAGACGAACUCUGGCCCGCCGUCCUACAAGCCCUAGAGCCCCUCCGCAACGGCUCCUGGCUCUCAACCUACGACGGCAAAUCCUUCUCCUCGCGUGCCGUAACCGUCAUCGGCACCGGCAACACGGAGCUCUCAGACGUGCGCAACUACCUGCCCCGGGAUGUCUUUCUCGACGCACCGCUCGCCCAGCUCGGCGAGGCGAAGUACAAGGAUCUCACAUCCAACGAGGCCGUCAUUGCGAGCACGAAUUUCGCAGCGCAGUUUGGCGAGCUGAGGAAACCGGAGCUGAAUGGGACGCAGUUGGAGAAGCUGAGGGAGCAGAUUGGGGUGGCGCAUCAGAAGGGCAUCAAGGCGAGGUAUUGGAAUCAGCCGAACUGGCCGAUUAGGACGAGGAAUGCGGUUUGGAGGACGCUGUGGGAGGAGGGGAUUGAUUUGUUGAACGUGGAUGACUUGAAGGCUGCUGCGGAGUUUUGGGAGGGCGUCUGAUAGACGACAAGACCCAACCUGAGGCUGUGAGGUUCAGGAGGAUUUUGUUCGAAUCCACAACAUGCUACAUCGCAGUUCACCUGCUUACUUGUCUCGAUAACAGACUUGGAAAUGCGUGCUGCUGUGUACAAUGAUUGAAGUCAAGUCGAGGCGAGAACGAUGUGACAGGGAUGUGGGGGUUCCAGAUGCACCCCUGUCAAGGGUUUCGGCGCCGCGCGACGCAGCACCAUGACUGAGAGCGUGUUGCGAACAGCAGAGACACAAAAGUCCAUAGACAGACAUAGAUAUCGAC